AUGAGUAAUCCUCAAAAAGCUCUAAACGAUUUUCUAUCUAAUGAAUCUGUUCAUACACAGGACAGUUCUAGAAAACAAUCUAAUAAUAGACAGUCGUCCGAUGAAGGACGUUCUUCAUCACAACCUUCACAUUCUCACUCUAUCGGUAAUAAUAACAAUAGUACACAUAAUAACAACAACAACAAUGGGAGCGAUGCGGAAAAUGAUGACGACUAUGACUAUGAAAUGCAGGAUUACAGACCUUCACCACAGAGUGCGCGUCCUACCCCUACAUAUGUCCCACAGUACGUGGAAAGUGGGGCGACUUUUCCCAUUCAAGAGGUUAUUCCCAGCGCAUACAUUAACACACAGGAUAUGAAUCAUAAAGAUAGCGGUCCGCCAAGCGCAAACAGCAAUAGAGCGUUCAGGCCUAGAGGUCAAACCACUGUAUCGGCCAAUGUCCUUAACGUAGAAGAUUUCUAUAAAAAUGCAGAUGACACUCACACCAUUCCAGAGUCACAUUUAUCGAGAAGGAGGAGCAGGUCGAGGGCCACCAGUAAUGCGGGGCACAGCGCCCACACGGGCGCCACGAACGGUAGGACUACCGGUGCUCAGACUAAUAUGGAAAGCAAUGAACCUCCACGUAGUGUUCCCAUUAUGGUGAAGCCUAAAACAUUAUAUCAGAAUCCUCAAACACCUACAGUCCUGCCAUCCACGUUCCAUCCAAUCAAUAAAUGGUCCUCUGUGAAAAACACUUAUUUGAAAGAAUUUUUGGCUGAAUUCAUGGGAACAAUGGUUAUGAUUAUCUUCGGUAGUGCUGUCGUUUGUCAAGUCAAUGUUGCUGGUAAAAUACAGCAGGAUAGUUUUAACACGGCUUUGGAUAACCUCAAUGUUACGGGAUCUUCUGCAGAAACUAUAGACGCUAUGAAGAGUCUUACAUCUUUGGUUUCAUCCGUCGCAGGUGGUACUUUUGAUGAUGUGGCGUUGGGCUGGGCUGCUGCAGUCGUGAUGGGUUAUUUUUGCGCUGGUGGUAGUGCUAUCUCAGGUGCACAUCUGAAUCCCUCUAUUACAUUGGCCAAUUUAGUAUAUAGAGGCUUUCCCUUGAAGAAAGUACCUUAUUACUUUGCUGGGCAAUUGAUUGGUGCCUUCACUGGUGCUUUAAUCCUAUUUAUAUGGUAUAAAAGGGUAUUACAGGAAGCAUACAGUGAUUGGUGGAUGAAUGAAAGUGUUGCAGGAAUGUUUUGUGUUUUCCCAAAGCCUUACCUAAGUUCAGGUCGGCAAUUUUUCUCGGAAUUCUUAUGUGGGGCUAUGUUACAAGCUGGUACGUUUGCGUUGACCGAUCCUUAUACAUGUUUAUCGUCUGAUGUUUUCCCACUGAUGAUGUUCAUUUUGAUUUUUGUCAUCAACGCCUCCAUGGCCUACCAAACAGGUACGGCAAUGAAUUUAGCCCGUGACUUGGGUCCGCGUCUUGCACUCUACGCAGUUGGAUUUGAUCAUAAAAUGCUUUGGGUGCAUCACAAUCAUUUUUUUUGGGUGCCCAUGGUGGGUCCGUUUAUUGGUGCACUAAUGGGUGGAUUGGUUUACGACGUUUGUAUUUAUCAAGGUCACGAAUCUCCAGUCAAUUGGUCUAUACCAGUUUAUAAGGAAAUGAUUAUGAGAGCUUGGUUCAGAAGACCUGGCUGGAAAAAGAGAAACAGAGCUAGAAGAACAUCGGAUUUAAGUGAUUUCUCAUACAAUAAUGAUGAUGACGAGGAGUUUGGAGAAAGGAUGGCUCUUCAAAAGACGAAGACUAAAUCAUCCAUUUCAGAUAACGAGAAUGAAGCAGGUGAAAAGAAAGUGCAAUUUAAAUCUGUCCAACGUGGUAAGAGGACGUUUGGCGGUAUACCAACAAUUCUCGAGGAAGAGGAUUCUAUUGAAACUGCUUCAUUAGGUGCGAGCACCACAGACUCCAUCGGUCUAUCUGAUACUUCAUCAGAAGAGGCACAUUAUGGGAAUGUUAAGAAGGUAACAUAG